UCCAGGAAUGGCAGGGCGAGUCUGUAAACUUCUCCACAGCUUUUAUUUACCCGAAGGGGAGAGCCACGCGAUGAGUGCGUCUCUUCUUGAAGGGAGAAAUGAAAAUGCCCAGAAAAAAGACCUCUUACCCACCCCAAAGUCUGGAUUUACUCAUCCUGAGGAAAAUUUCCAAACAAACAAACAAACAAACAUGAUUUCCAGGGUGGAGCUCUCUCUGAGGGUCUUUCUACCAGACUACGGCUAUUUAACACAUAAGAAGCAGUCGGUGUUUGUACGUCCAAACGGUGGUCUUGAGAGAAAGGAGGAAAGCUUGUUAUUUCACACGUGGCCCGUGAUGCGCAGGUCAGCUUGCUCCCGUGAGGACUGGGUCGCCCCGAUGAAGAUUCCUCAGGGACAAUGUAUGGCCCCUAAUGACAGUGGCUACACAAUCACUUCUCCAAAAGUAAGGUGCGCUAACGGUCGGGGGGAGAACGGAUGCAACCUUUGACUGAGACAAUGAGUCAUAUUCUUUCAAGCUGGGAAGGGAAAGACCGUGGGCUCGAGCGUCAAUAGACUGAUGAAUCAACACAACUUUGCUGCAGUUUGCAUUCCUUUCUUUCUCAAGGAUGGAAAUUAAUAUCUGGCAUCUAUUGAGCCUUUUUUUCCAAACUUUAUCUCAGAAUAAAACCCUCAUUGUUGGAUGCAGUGUCUUGACAGUAAAUGGCAAAAUUAUUCCAUUAUUCUGCACCACCAUAGAUAAUCGGCCGACCCGGGGCAGGAGGAGAAGGUGCGGGGAGUGAAAAGGAGCUUCCGGGACCAAGUGGCCUUAGAAGCACAAAGCCAGUUUGAUAUGCUUAAUCCUUGCCACUUUCCCUCAGAGUACAAACGUGUUUUGAACUGCCAGAAGGCACUUUGCAAGGAUCUGCAUUUCCAUUUUUCUUCUUGAUUUUAUUGAAUUCAAGUCCAUGAGUAGUUAUUAAGCAGCUGCUGAGUAUUCAGG